AGACCGGAGGAUUCAGGUAACAGCACUGCCUUUGGCUGACGCUUAAACCUCUGUAAUCCCUGAAAAAGCUUUCUGUGGAUUUAAAUGCCUGCAGGGCGCCCGGCUCAUUACCUCCUUGGGUUUUGCCUUCGACCACACGAGACGUUUCUCGCCCUUCAGACUCCGAUCCUGUUUUUUUCCCAGCAUGGGGAACAGCAAAAGCAGCGCCUUAUCCAAGGAGAUCCUGGAAGAACUGCAACUCAACACCAAGUUCAGCCAGGAGGAGCUCUGCACGUGGUACCAGUCCUUCCUCAAGGAGUGCCCCACCGGGCGGAUCUCCAAGCAGCAGUUUGAGGGCAUCUACUCCAAGUUCUUCCCCGACGCCGACCCCAAAGCCUACGCCCGCCAUGUCUUCCGGAGCUUCGACUCCAACAACGACGGCACAUUGGACUUUAAGGAAUACAUGAUCGCCCUCCACAUGACUUCCUCCGGCAAAGCCAACCAAAAGCUGGAGUGGGCUUUCUCCUUAUAUGACGUCGACGGCAACGGGACCAUCAACAAAUCCGAAGUCCUUGAGAUAAUUACGGCCAUAUUCAAAAUGAUAAAUACUGAAGACCAGAAGCAUCUCCCCGAGGAUGAAAAUACUCCAGAGAGGAGAACAAAUAAAAUAUGGGAUUUCUUUGGAAAGAAAGAUAAUGAUAAGCUCACUGAGGGGGAAUUCAUCCAAGGCAUCAUGAACAACAAGGAAAUUCUCCGCUUGAUCCAGUUUGAGCCCCAGAAAGUAAAGGAAAAGCUAAAAGAGAAAAAGCAUUAAACGAAGAGCCAAAACCCAUUUUGCUAAGACUGUUCAAUCAGCACCGUUUCCGACUGUCUACACCAGCGAGACCGUCACAGAUCCCAGCGUUACACAAACUCACCUGAAACCCUUGUUGCCCUUAAUCUUCGUUAACACAAUACACUCGGGUUGUGCUUCUCUGUCUGAUAAUUAGGGCAACUAAUAAUCCUUAGAUUAUGGCUGAACCUUAUUACACCGUGAAGGUCACCGACUAUAAUCUCAUUUCAUUAACUCCAACUCUAGGCUCUCUGUGCGUUUAACUCCUAAACACCCGGAGUAAAUCUCAUUCCAGCUAUAAACGUUAGUAAAUACAAGUAAUAUAAAUACCCAGACCCGCCCAGCAACAUUCCCACCUAAUAAUUCCUUAUCAAUAACGGUGCGAGAACUCUGCCCCGCAGGGGGCAGUCACGAGGGUAUUUGUAUCAUAUCCGCUCACGUAUUGGUUGAGCAGAACGACGACAGAUGUUUUAUACGGAACAGAAAGUAAAUAUAAAGGCAAAGCUAAACCUAACUAUAAUAAAAAAUACAAGAAAACGAUAGAAAUAUAAAAAAAAGACUUGAGUAUAUGAAUAUACCCCCCCCAGUUUGUUUGUGGCGCUUACGUCUCUGUUUUUGUAUAAUUCUCUUGAGCUCAGACCCAAACCCGGAAUUGUCUUGUUUUUUUUAAAUUCCGUAUUUACUUUUGUUUUUGAAUUUCAGUUUACAAAAAGAAACAUUUGCUGUAAAUAGAAACUGUCUCUGUACAACCAACACCCCCCCCCCCCCGCUGUUAGCUAAUCCUGCGCCAAUAAACGGGAGCGACUCGCAGGGACCUCCUCUCAUGUAAUGGGAGACAAACAAUGCGCUUGUUGUUUCUCUGCUCUUAGUGCGACUGGAUUAAUUAAUGAGUCCAAUUAAAGUGAGAAUUGUUUAAAAAAAGAAA